AAAAAUAUUUGUGGACUUUACUACUUCAGCAAAUAGUAGCUGAGCACUGAGUGGAGAGAUACAGAAAUGGAAUUGGCCCUAUCCUUCUCAUCUUCCUCUUCUGUUUUGGGUAUCAAACAUAAACAACAUAGAACCAUUUCUCCAAUUCCAUAUCAUACAUACUCUUCUUCACACAAAUACUCACCUACAAAUGGAACCUCCUCUGUCUGUCUCAAUACAACAACGCUUUCCAAUGGGUAUGUAGGGAGAGACAUCAACAACAGCAGCAGCUUCAAAAUUCCUAACAAUAAUAGUAGUAGUAGUAGUAGUUCUAAGAUUUAUAGGAGGCAAGGUUCUUGUCUUGUAGUUGCUCCACCCAAUGGCAAGACGCCACGUGCCAUCAUCAAAUUCUUGGGCGGUGCUUUCAUUGGUGCUGUUCCUGAAGUCACUUACGGCUACUUAAUUGAGCAGUUAGCAAAGGAAGGGUUUGUUAUAAUAUCUGUGCCUUAUAAUGUAACAUUCGACCAUGCCAACGCUGCCAAACAAGUUUACGAGAGAUUCAAUUCCAGUUUGGAUUCAAUCCUAAUCUCUGGAUUGCCCCAUGCCAAUUUAACACCCCAACAACUUGUUAACCUUCCCCUCUUUUCUGUUGGCCAUAGCAAUGGCGCGCUUCUCCAAGUACUCACCGGAAGCUAUUUCUCUGAAAACAUACCAAAGGCUAAUGCCAUAAUCUCGUACAACAACAGGUCAGCAACAGAGGCAGUGCCUUAUUUCGAGCAGUUGGGUCCUUUAGUUCGUCAGAUGAAGCCAGUUGUAGAAGCAUCUCCAGUUUAUUCAAUGGCUAGGAGUGCAUCAGGAGAUGCAUGGAAAGUGCUACUUGAUGCAGCUGGAGCAAUGAUACCAGAUAGUGAGCAGGAAUCCCUCAUUUCACUGACCAAAUUUGUUGAUCAGUUGCCAUCAGUACUAAAUCAGGUUACUGAAGGGAUUUCAGAGUUCAGGCCAACACCAUCUGAGAAUCGUGAUUGUUUUAAGAGCUCAUACAAUGUCCAACACACCCUAUUGGUGAAGUUCAACUCUGACACAAUUGAUGAGACAGACCUUCUUGAAGAGACAUUAAAGCCUCGUGUGGAGUUCAAUGGUGGGACACUAGAAAAGGUCCAAUUGAGUGGUAACCAUAUCACACCAUGUAUACAGGAACCAAAGUGGCAAGUGGGUUAUGUGUAUACUCCAGCUGAUGCUAUUGCUCAGGGGCUUAAAACUCUUUCAUUGAAUGAGACCAGAGAGCUUUCCAGAACCAUAAGCAACUGGUUCAGGCGUUUUGAAGAUUGAAAUGUCAGCAGUUCUACUAGAAGAGAAAAGGUUAUGUUGUACCGGUGUUGAGUUUGUAUUCGCACAAUUAGUGCGGGCAGCUUCAUAUCAAAAUUCUAGUCCAGGAGCAGCAUUGCAGUGCAAAGAGUUUCGAAAAAAAAUUUCUCUUUGGCUUAUUGCACUACAUAGAGUAUAAAGUUUGAACCUAAAGAUGAGUGUUUCAAACUGUUGUGUAUAGUUUUUAUUUUUAAUUAUCUUUUCUUACUUUAGUUUUUAUUUUUUAAUUAUCUCUUCUUACUUUUAAUAAACAGGUUCAGUCGGCCAUAUAUUGGGAUA